ACCGGCGACGAGUCGGCUCCGGGAAACAUGAAGCUCUGGAAAAAGGCCGUCGGUGCUAUCAAAGAUAAGAAUAGCAUUGUGGUGAUCUAUAUUUCCAGGAGGCAUUCCUUUAGAAGCCCUGAUCUUGAGGCAGCCAUUAUAAAGGCCACAGACCACGAUGAAUGCCACAUAGAUAAAAGGAAUGCGCAGGUCGUGUUUUCGUGGAUCCAAACGUCGCCGGUUAGUCUACUCCCUAUUACGUGGGCGUUGUCUAGGAGGAUGGAGAAGACUCGGAGUUGGGUGGUGGCCAUUAAAGGGUUGAUGCUCAUGCAUGGCAUUUUUUAUUGUAAGGUGCCUGUCGUUGAAAUGAUGCCGCGUUUACCGUUUGAUCUUUCGAGUUUCAGCGAUGGACAUUCGAAGCCUGACAAAUCCUGGGGUUUCAAUAGUAUCAUCCGUGAAUACUUCACGUUUCUAGAUCAAAAAGCUUCCAUUUUGUUCGAGCAAGAUAACAGUAACAGUAAAGGUGAUCGUUCGUUAAUGGUGCAACAGCUUUUGAGACUGCAGACAUGGCAAUCUUUGCUUGAUUCGUUGCUCCAAAUCAAGCCACGAGCGAAGAAUAUGAAGGUUAGAUUGAUCUUGGAAGCCAUGGAUUGUGUCAUCGUCGAGAUAUUCGACGUCUACGGUAUAAUUUGCCGCGACAUCGCAAAGGUUUUGCUGAAGAUAUAUUCCAUUAGCAAACAGGAAGCUGCCUUGGCGCUCAAGGUUCUUCAAAAGGCAACGAAACAGGGAGAAGAGCUUUCCCUCUUCUUCAAGUUUUGCAAGGAAUAUGGAGUCUCAAACGCUGGUCUAUUCCCCACGGUCACUCAGAUUCCCGAACAAGAAGUCGAAGAACUCGAGAGAAUAAUCGAUGGGGCUUCGGUUUCGGACAAGACAUUAAAGGACAGCAACGAAUGUUUCAAGGAGAAGAACCAGAUGGAAAUGGCAACAGUUUUGGAAGAACACACGAAGGGGACCUUGAAAACGAUAAUUACAAACAAAUGGGUGGUUUUUGAUGAAGAAAACACAAACAUCAACGAACAACAAUAUGGUUUCUCAAAUGAAAUCAAAACUGUUGCAGGAGGAGAUGUUGCUGCUGCUAAAGAUCUAUUACUUCCUCUUGUACCCGUUCACAAUGCACAUGCUUAUAAUCUCUAUGAACUUCCAGAUUUAAUUAGUCUUUAGCAGUUGGAACAUUAACAUUCCAUCAAUUCUUUUUGGAUUAUGUCUUAAUAAAACAAAAAAUAAAAGG